AUGGAUGAACAUAAACACCCAAAAUUGGAAAAAAAAAACUCUCGUGGUUGCAAAGAAAUACAGUUUGCUUGCUAUUGUUUUCAACUUCCAAACACGCCAUCACUACAUGCAAUCCCCACACUGACACUCUUAAUCCUUCUUUACAAUUUUGAUGUCUACCCUUUUCAAAAACUCACUCAAAUCUGUACCAUACAACCAUCAUCGUCAACAAUAAUAACAACAAAAUUUCAUAUAAAGAUGGGAAGCGAGAGGCAAGGCCUUGCAUACAGCCUUGAUGAAGCACUGAAUGCUGUUGGGUUCGGGAAAUUUCAAGGUUUAGUUCUGGUUUAUGCUGGACUUGGAUGGUUUGCAGAAGCUAUGGAGGUUAUGAUUCUUUCGUUUGUGGGUCCUGCUGUUAAGCUCAAAUGGGAACUUUCCUCUGGUGAAGAGAGCCUUUUGAGUAUUGUUGUUUUUGGUGGUAUGCUUUUUGGAGCUUAUACAUGGGGUUUUGUCUCAGAUAACUUUGGAAGAAGGAAAGGUAUUUUAAGCAUAACAAUGAUUACUAGUGGAGCUGGAUUUAUAAGUGCUUUCUCCCCAAAUUACUUAACAUUAGUGGUUCUCCGUUGUCUGGUUGGUUUUGGCCUGGGUGGUACACAUGUAUUCUUAUCUUGGUUUCUUGAGUUUCUUCCCACUUCACAUAGAGGCAAGUGGAUGGUUAUCUUUUCAACUUUCUGGACUCUUGGAAUUUUAUUUGAGGCCUCGCUAGCAUGGAUUGUGAUGCUGAGACUAAAUUGGAGAUGGUUACUUGCACUGUCUUCUAUACCAUCAUUUACAUUACUGCUAUUUUACCGUCUUGCACCCGAGUCCCCAAGAUAUCUAUGCCUUAAUGGAAGAACAACUCAAGCACAUCAGAUUCUGGAGAAGAUGUCGUUGGUUAACCAGAAGGAACUCCCCCCUGGUGUGCUUGUUUCUUUAGGGAGAAUCAAAGAGGCUGCAGAUUUUUCUGCAUUAGAAUAUAAACCUCUACUCUUUAUUGAUAGAGAAAAGAUCUCAACCCUAAAAUCAAGCAUCUCAUCUUUUGGUCUUCUUUUUUCGCCAAAUCUAAUACAAACAACGCUUCUCCUGUGGGUCUUGUUCUUUGGAAAUGUAUUCUCAUAUUAUGGCAUCAUACUGCUGACCUCCAAAUUAAGUACUAUUCAAAGCAAAUGCGGCUCGACUAUCUUACAUUCGGAAAAUCUGCAGGAUAAAAGCCUCUAUACUGAUGUGCUUAUCACUAGUUUUGCAGAGCUUCCAGGGCUUCUUUUAUCAGCUAUAAUGGUGGAUAGAUAUGGCCGCAAACUCUCUAUGGCAAUCAUGUUCAUCUCAGCUUGGAUUUUACUUUUACCUCUAGUUUCACCUCAGUCCAAUAUUUUAACAACAGGAUUGUUGUUUGGUGCACGCAUGUUCUUCAUGGGAACCUUCACUGUUGCCUGCAUAUAUGCUCCAGAAUUAUAUCCAACCUCGAUUAGGUCAACUGGGGCUGGAGCUGCAAAUGCUGUCGGUAGAAUUGGUGGGAUGGUAUGCCCUCUUGUAGCAGUUGCAUUGGUGAGCAACUGCCAUUUUAAGGCAGCUGUUAUUCUGUUUGAGGUCGUAAUUGCUAUUACAGUUGUCUGCAUUCUGUUCUUCCCAUUCGAGACCAGCGGACGUGAAUUGAGUGAAGAUAUAGCUACAUCGGAUUCCAAAAAAGCUCUCAUUGAUCAUUGAAUUCGUAUGCAUUCACCAGUUUUUGAAGGACUAUGUAUAAUUUUUACAUCUUAAGGUUCUUCAGCAUUAAUCAUGUACAUGUCAAAAUUUAGGGUCACUUACAUGAGUUAGAGACAUUGCUGCACUAAUUUUGUUGCUUGAUGCUCACUAUGUUUUUAUCAUUAGAUUCUGUAUUUAGUCCAAUUGUUCCAUACACAGGCAAAUUGUUCUUGGUUCUUGCUAAACUCAGAAACAUUGAAAUCAUUUUGGUACAACUUGAA